UGCGAAAAGAGCAAUGAAAAAGACUCAAAGGUCGUUGAAUUCAUCUCUCGCACACAAGGAAGGAUUUUAUAGUCCCAGCUUGCGUGGUUUAUUUGGCGCCUCGCGGCGUCGGCCAGGGUAUGAUCUUAGCCAACCUCAGAGGCGUUCUUUCUCGGUCAUCUCGAGGAUAAAUCUUGAAAAUCCUUCGGCUAGCGAUGAGCGCCGAUUCAACGACGGCUACGCGGGCGUGACGGUCAAGGAGGAGCCAAGUGGGGAACAAGCUAGAGUUUCGGUGAGAAGAGUCGGUAGAACAUUUGAAACAUUCAAGCGCCCAAAACGGCGAAGUGAUCGGUUCCGACAUAUCGAUUUCGGUUUCUUGGCCGUCGUUUACAGGGAUAAAUAA